AUGUGUUUGGACGGUGUUUUGUCAGUUAGGAUAAAGGGGCGAGUGGAGGAACAGGAGCAGCAGCAGCAGGAGCAGGAGCAGCAGGAGCAGGAGCAGCAGGAGAAGGAGAAGGAGAAGGAGAAGGAGCAGGAACAGGAGCAGGAGAACCGCGAUAGGGAGGAGCAGGGAGAAAGAGAGGAGCAGGAGAAGGCUCAGAUGGAGACGCAGGUGCAGGCGCAGGGCGAGGAACAGGGGUGGGCGCAGGGGGAGGCGCAGGGGGAGGCGCAGGGGGAGGCGCAGGGGGAGGCGCAGGGGGAGGCGCAGGGGGAGGGAGAUGGCAAGGAGCAGCAGUUAGAAGUCGAGGGAAGGGAGCAAGGAAGAAUUCAAGGGCAGGGAACUGAGCAACCGCGAAUGCAGCAGGAGACAGUUGAGCAUGUGAAGGGAGAGCAGCAGAAAGGGGAGUCGCAGAAAGGACAGCAGCAGCAGCAGCAGCAGCGGAGCUCCGGUUCAGGAGAGGCCACGUGA